AUGUCGUUCAACAAUGCUUUUUCAAAAGACUUAGAAAAUGCAGAGGAUGUGUCUUCCCAUUACAAGGACUUCCCUGAAUUUGAAUCCAUGUCCCAAACGAUAGACAAUCUUCUUUAUAACAUCAACAAUAAUCAACUAGUUUCCAUUAAAAAUCUCUUGUCACAAUAUGAGAAGAUCGUGAAGAGUACAGACUUGGAGCUGCAGCAGAAAGCGGCAAAGCUAUCAAAAAAGAUAUCUGAAGUCACUUCGAAGUGCACGGAUUCUUUCAAGAAUGUUAGUACCAACACUCAAGGCUUAAAUGACUAUCUUAAAGAAUGUGAGCGUAACCAUGAGGACGAAGAUACCAUAAACUACUUGAGGCAAAAGGAGGCCAUCUCUCUCAAUCUCAUAAAAACAAGUUUGCAUCAAUUUCAGCAGUACCAAAGACAGUUUUCUGCACUACAACGAGAGAAUGUUGACAGUACCACCUCUAGAACUUCUCCCACAGAAGAAGAGGAUGGACAAGAGAAUGGGCAUCAACAGCAGCAGCAAAUCUCUAUCACAUACGAACCUAUAAAUGCUGAAGAAUUAGAGCAGCAGACUUUGCUCAUCGAAGAAAGAGAGCGAGAGAUACAUCAGAUCGCACAAGAUACGCAAGAGAUCAAUGAGAUAUUUCAGAAUUUACAGGGUAUUGUCCAGGAGCAGCAGUUUCAGAUUGAUAAUAUAGAAGAUAACAUCCUCAGCUACAGCACAGAUGCACAGGGGGCAUCUCGCGAGUUGCGUAAGGCAGAGAGGUAUCAGAAACGCGCUGGAGGAAGAAUGCUUUGUUGUCUCUUUAUUUUGCUUGGCGUAUUCGGCUCCGUUAUUCUUAUUGGUCUUAUAUUUUGA